CAUUUUGGCCUUCUCCGGGUUCCGUACAUUGCGGGAAAAUUCAACAGGCAUUAGUGAAAAGAUUGGCAUGUUUAAAACAUUUAUUCAUUCUUUUACACUAAAGUAAACAGUUGGUGCGAUGAACGAUGAGGCCGAACAAAGCCGUUUCAUGCAAACCCAGAGGCUGAGAGCUGCCGUCCACUACACCGUCGGGCUGCUCUGCAGAGAGGUGGGAGAGCAGAGCGACGUGCAGUUCAGCAGGCAGAGCAUUGCUGCUCUUGCGGAGACCACAUUCAGGCAGGGUGAUACUUUUGCAAAGGAUCUUGAGGCAUUUGCAAGGCAUGCGAAGAGAACCACGGUGAAUGCAGAAGAUGUCAAACUUCUAGCACGACGAAGCACAGCCCUGCACAAGUACAUCACGAGGAGGAGCGAGGAGCUGAUGUCCAGCAACCAGCAGCAGCAGAAGGACAAGAGGAAGAAGAGCGCUGGAAAGGGCAAGAAGGGCAGCGCUGCUCCGGCGGAGGACGUGGUGGCUGGAAGCGAGGACUCCAACAUGGGAUAGGAAGGUCUCCAGCCCCGCGGGUGCUGUACAAGCCAGCGUUUAGCAAACAUGCUCAACUGUUCUGAAGUAUCGAUUCUCAAGCUGAGGUGGUCUCUCCUACCUUGGCACUGUUCGCAAUGAAUACUAUGAAUAAAAUAAAUACGUACAGCAGGGCUUCCUGCCCUGGUCCUGGUGACCUGGGUGUCUACUGCUUUUCAUCCCAUUACUAAUUAAUUCUAGUAUUUAUUGAACUAAUAAUUUGAUGAAUUAGCUGGUGUAUUGUUUUCAGAUCUUGACAGAUUUCUAGAUUAAACUAUUACAUUCUGUAUUUUAGUAACAUUCUGGCAAACGUUCAUUAAUUAAGCAUAGUUCAACUCGUGGAUUAAUUAAGGAGUGACUCAAGUAAAGUGAAAAGCAGCAGGAGACUGAGGUCACAAACACUAGGAGAACAAAGCCCUGGUGUAUCGUAUGUGUGAUUUAAAUUUGUGUAGAUACACAAGCCACAAAGCCUGUGCUUAGUGUUAUAUUACUAAUUUGUGGUAUAUUUCCCACAGUAAAAGAUCAACAGUUGCUUCAUAUUUCUGUCCUUUCAUUUCAAAGGGCCUUUUUGUUUUGGGGGAUUUUUAAGAUUGCAUACUUUUCCCCAGGUCUGACCUGAAAAGUCCUAACAGUGACACAGAAGAACUAAUUGCACUCAAGUAUGAAAAUACAGCAAUUAUGCCAUUUUUUAAAAAAAUGCUAGCUCCUUAAUAACAAACUGGUAGUUAUAUUACCAGCUCAAAGUGAUCGGCUGUGGGGACAAAACUCUACUGAAUGCAAUUAGCAUGAUGGUGGUAGUUUUUUGUUGUUGUUAAUGAUUUUUCUUUUUGUAAAUAAAUGUUACUUUUGCUCUGGAGUUCUUUUCAUGCAAACAGUUUAAUGACUAAAAGAAAAAAAAACACAUGCAUGCAAUUAAAAGCUAUUUCAGGCAGGAAAA